CAUCAGCGCUGUAGCAUCACAACAAGCACUGCAGCUGCCUUCAUUCACUCUGGUUCCUGCAAGUGGAGAGAAGGUGCAUCAGAGCAGAGUUCACACAUCUCGUCUCUGAUUUUUGUAUCUGUUCCAGUUUGCUUUCCUCUUCAACACAGAGACAGAGGGAAAGAGGAGAGAUGAGGCUCGCAAACAGCGCCAACUCCACAGCGAGAACGAGAAAGCGCAGCGUGAAAGCAGAGUUCGUUGUGUGCAGCGACUGUGAGCAGGAAAUGGGAGUGGAAAUCCCCAGGACUUUGGCGCAAGGACCAAGUGAAUUUAUCCCAGAGAAGGAAAUUCUUCAAUUGGCGAGCGGCGAUGCGGAGACACGGGUUUUGUUAAUGGAAGCGUUUGCAACGUUGGGUCGCCUGGACAAUGUAACCUUAUUAAUGGGCUUCCACCCGCAGUACCUGGACAGCUUCCUGAAGACCGAGCAUUACCUGAUGCAGGUGGACGGCCCAUUGCCGUACUGUUACCGCCACUACAUUGCCAUCAUGGCAGCAGCGCAGCACCAAUGCUCGUACCUUGUAAACCUUCACGUGAAUGACUUUCUCCAAGUUGGCGGGGAUCCGAAAUGGUUAGCCGGGCUCGAUUCUGCUCCUCCAAAGCUUCAGACUUUGAGUCAAGUGAACAAGAUCCUUGCUCACAGGCCCUGGCUCAUUACGAAAGACCAUAUCGAAAGGCUGUUGAGAUCUGAGGAUCACGGCUGGUCGCUGGCGGAGCUGAUCCACGUGUUGGUUCUACUCACGCACUAUCAUUCCCUGGCCUCCUUCACGUUUGGCUGUGGGAUCAUCUCCGCAACACACAGCGACGGAGGCCACUCACCCCGACACCCUUCUGGACCCGACGUCACCAACGGCAACAGUGUGGACGAACAACCCCUCGGCCACGACAGAAUUGACGUCACAGGAACCACCUUUGAAGUCGAGGCCUUACUGGAAAAAAUGAAACGCCUACAAGAAUGUAGAGAUGAAGAGGGAACAAGUCAAGAGGAAAUGGCGACCAGAUUUGAGAGAGAAAAAGCCGAGAGUCUAUUUGUUGCAACUUCAGAUAAUGAGAGAUGGAUUGACACGAGGGAGAUCUCUCGUCAUUUUGAAGACCCCAGCUACGGCUACCAAGACUUUUCCAGACACGGUGACCAAUAUGUGCCCACCUUUCGAGCGCAGGAUUAUACGUGGGAAGACCACGGCUACUCCCUUGUUAACCGGCUUUACCCAGAUGUUGGCCAGCUGUUGGAUGAGAAGUUCCAGAACGCCUACAACCUGACCUACAACACAAUGGCCAUGCACAAAAACGUCGACACCUCCAUGCUGCGCCGGGCCAUCUGGAACUACAUCCACUGUAUGUUUGGGAUAAGGUAUGAUGAUUACGACUAUGGAGAAAUCAACCAGCUCCUGGAUCGCAACUUCAAGGUUUAUAUAAAGACUGUUGUGUGUUCUCCAGCCAAGACGACGAAGGGGAUGUACGACAGCUUCUGGAGGCAGUUCAAACACUCUGAGAAGAUUCACGUGAACUUGCUGCUGAUGGAGGCUCGCAUGCAGGCGGAGCUGCUGUACGCCCUCACCGCCAUCACCCGCCACCUGACGUGAGGAGAACGCAGCCGUCUGUCGACCGAGGAGGAAGCUGCCAGUUCAUCGGGACCAAAGGCAGCCAGUUGCCCCAACCCAUCACACCGCACCGCACCGCAUCACACCCACCCCGGGACAGGUGCUACCCCCCUGCUGCACUGUGGCUCAGCCUCUACCUACCCUGCUUACAGAGGAAACGGAGGAGCUGAGAGCAGAGGCGUUUGAUCAACGCUCGUGGUUCUGCAAAAAAUACACUGAACGACUAUUGAUAAGAAAGCUAUUGUUCUUUCUGUGUAAAAAAAAAAAAAAAAAAAAUAGACUGUGUCGUUGCUUAAAGUAGAAAUAAAGAAC